AUCGGAAUAAGGAAAAGGAAGGGGUGGAGUUGGAUUCGGUCGGACCAACCAACCACAUUCGAAUCCGAUUCGGGUACACCAUUUUAAACCCUCCCAUCCACUUCCAUUGACGAAGAGGGUCUUAUAGAGACAGAGAGAGAGAGAGAGAGAGAGGUGAAGAAGAAGAAGCUAGCACAGCAAUGGUACAGAAGAAGGGAGCAAGUAGGGUUUCUGAAGAUGCAGAAGAAGAGUUGGCUCGAGCACCCUUACGGGCCGUCCUCUUGGCCGAUAGCUUCGCCCAGAAGUUCCGCCCCAUCACCCUCGAGCGCCCCAAAGUACUAUUACCAUUGGUCAACAUCCCUAUGAUUGAUUACACCUUAGCAUGGCUUGAAUCAGCUGGUGUUGAAGAAGUUUUUGUCUUUUGCUGUGCUCAUUCCAGGCAAGUGAUUGAUUAUUUAAAUAAUUCCAAGUGGUUCGGUCAACCAAACUUUACGAUCAAGACAAUAGAAUCUCACAAUUCUGUUAGUGCUGGAGAUGCAUUGCGUUUGAUUUAUGAGCAGAAUGUGAUAUAUGAAGAUUUCAUCCUUAUAAGUGGAGAUACAUUGAGCAACAUGUCACUCACACAAGCACUUGAAGAACACAAGGAGAGAAGGAAAAAAAAUAGCAAUGCUGUAAUGACUAUGGUUAUAAAAAAGUCAAAGCCUUCGCCGCUUACUCACCAAUCUCGGCUCGGUACUGAUGAGCUGUUUAUGGCCAUUGAUCCUGAAACAAAGCAGCUUUUAUAUUAUGAGGAUAAGGCUGACCAUUUAAAAGGGUCAAUAACUCUUGAUAAGAUGUUACUUGCGGAUAAUCCUUCUGUUUCUCUGCACAAUGACAAACAGGAUUGUUAUAUUGACAUCUGCUCUCCAGAAGUUCUGAGUCUUUUUACCGACAAUUUUGACUAUCAACAUCUGCGCCGUCAUUUUGUUAAGGGAUUGCUUGUCGAUGAUAUAAUGGGUUACAAAAUUUUCACCCAUGAAAUUUACUCUAGUUAUGCGGCUAGAAUUGACAACUUUCGAAGCUAUGACACUGUUAGCAAGGAUAUUAUUCAAAGAUGGACAUACCCAUUCGUUCCAGAUGUCCAAUUUUUUGGGAAUAAUGCAGCUAAACUUGAAAGGCAGGGCAUGUACCGAUCAUCAGGGAUAGUGCAAUCACGUUCUGCACAAAUUGGUCCUUUUACAGUAAUUGGAAAUGGCACUACUAUUGGGAACAACACAAAAAUUUCAAAUUCAGUUGUGGGGGAAGGGUGUAAUAUUGGAUCAAAUGUUGCAAUAGAGGGUUCCUAUAUAUGGCAGAAUGUCACCAUCGAAGAUGGCUGUACAAUAAGACAUGCCAUAGUAUGUGAUGGUGUGAUAAUGAAGUCUGGAGCAGUUUUGGAACCUGGUGUAGUUUUGUCUUUCAAGGUUGUAAUAGGACAACAAUUUGUUGUUCCUGCUUACUCAAAGGUAUCAUUACUUCAACAGCCAACCAAGCAAGAUAGUGAUGAGGAGCUGGAAUAUGCUGAUGAUAGCAGUGGGAUUGUCGAAAUUCCAUCAAUUUCUUGUACAUCGGAUAAGUUGAGUGGGGAACUAACAUCUGAAUUAUCUGAGACACAGCGGUGGGCGACAUCUGAGGUUGGUGCUGGUGGAGUUGGUUUCAUAUGGUCCGUUGGUGAAGGAGGCUAUGAAGAAGAAUUGAGACAUUCUGUUGCACCCAUUCCUGCCGAUAAACUUGCUGAGAUUAUACAAGCUGCAAAUGAUGACGUCGAGAUGUCAGCUCAAGAUGGUAAUCUUUUACCUCCUUCAGGAGAGCUGCAACCUGACUCUAACAGUAUUGGUUCUGAAGAUAAUAUUGAGGACAUGAGAGAUGACUAUAUAUACUUUGAAAAGGAGGUUGAAGCAACUUUUUUGAGGGCUGUUCAAGAAAACAUUACAGAAGAACAUGUUGUAUUAGAAGUUAACUCACUGCGGUUGUCAUACAAUAAGACUUCUGUGGACUGUGCCAGUGCACUAUUCUAUUCAAUGAUGAAAUUGGCAUUGGAGACUCCACACAGUUCAACUAGUGAAUUGCUUGGGAAUGCUACAAAUGUAAUUGGCACAUGGCAAAAGCUUCUAAAGUAUUACUUGCCAAGCCUAGAUGAGGAGAUUGAAGUCAUAUUGAAAUUCGAAGAAAUGUGCUUGGAAUCUGCUAAGGAAUUUUCUUCAAUAUUUGUACAGGUUUUGCAUCUUUUGUACGACAAAGACAUUUUACAAGAAGAUGCUAUUCAUAAUUGGGCCACUGAAAAAGAAGGUGCAGACGAAUCUGAUAAAGUUUUUCUGAAGCAGUCAGAAAAAUUCAUCCAAUGGUUGAAUGAAGCGUCCGAGGAAGAAGAUUGACAAGAUCCAUGUUUGUUCCUUUUAACGUGAUUAAUUUGUUCCGUAGACAUUGUCUUUAUGUCAUCUCUUGUGGCGCUUGUGGUUUUUUCUCAUGUUUGCUGAUUUACAUGUAACUGUUAUUUACUCUAGAAACAGUGCCCAAGAAAACCGGCUGAUAAUCCUUAGAAAUCUCUUUUUUGUAAUUUUUUUUCCCAGUGUCUGGUUAAAGAGAGAAGAGAGUUACAAGACAGAGACUGUUGGGAUGCACCAUUUUUUUUUCUUUGUUUAUCGUGAUUUUAAUUUUUAUUUGUUUAUCAGAGAAAUAGAUUAUAGCCGGAGGACCAAACCAGCGUAUAAACUAAAGUUACGGACAUAAAAUGAAGAAUUUGAGUUGAAUUGUGUA